AUGAAGGUUGACGGCCGGUUGCGUCACGCCGAGCUCCCUGCUCGAACCCGUCAUCCCAUCAUCAUCUCUUCCAAUCAUCACCUUACAAGGCUCAUUGUUGAGGAUUGUCAUGUCAAGUUGCAUCAUGCCGGAAUCGAGCAAACGCUCAGUGUCGUCCGACAGGACUUCUAUCUUCCCCAGGGACGCAGCACCAUCCGCCGAGCGUUGCGCCAGUGCAUUAAGUGUAGGAUACAGCACGCAAUGCCACAGCCCCCACGCAUGGCCAACCUGCCUAAGGAGCGCCUGCAGGGCUUUGUACGUGUCUUCACCAACGUUGGUCUGGACUGUUUCGGGCCAUUUCACGUCGUCAUCGGAAGGAAAACUGUGAAAAGGUACGGGCUACUCGUCACAUGCCUCGCAUCCCGUGCCGUGCACUUAAAAGUGCUUGAUUCAAUGGACGCGGACUCUUUCAUCAUGGCCCUCCGCCGAUUCAUCUCCUAUCGAGGCUGCCCUAAAGUUAUCUACUCUGAUAACGGCACCAAUAUCGUCGCCGGUCAAAAGGAGCUCGAGCAGGGUAUCGCUAAUCUGAACUCGACCCGAGUCGUAGGAGAGAUGGUGGAUGCAGGAAUCGACUGGCGGAAGUCAGCACCGUCAUGCGCGCACGAAGGAGGCGUCUGGGAGCGUCUCAUUGGAUCCAGUAAGGUGGCAAUGCGGGCCAUCUUGGAGUCUCGCUCCGUCAACGAUGAAGUGCUGCGCACUGUCUUCGCUGAAGUCACCUCCCUUCUUAACAGCCGUCCGCUGACUCAUGUCCACACAGAUCCGUCAGAGCCGGAGCCGCUCACGCCAAAUCACUUCCUGAUCGGUGGACCGCAUCCGCAUCGGGUGCCAGACGACGAACCGGCCUUCGACGGAGUUACCAGGCGCCGAUGGAAGCAGGCGCAGUUUAUCGUAAACCAAUUCUGGCGGCGCUGGAUGCGCGAAUAUCUGCCCAGCUUGAUCGAGCGUAAGAAAUGGGAAAAGUCCGUUCGCCCGUUGCGUGUUGGUGAUAAAGUCCUUAUAAUGGACGAAAACCUUAAGCGAGGAGAGUGGCUCACCGGCAGCAUCACCGCCGUUCAUCCUGGCGACGACGGUGUCAUCCGGAAGGCGACGGUUCAAACUACCCGCUCCACGCUUCUCCGCCCUGCUGUUAAACUUUGUUUUAUUUCAGGUGACAGGAGCGGAUAACGAUGUUGGUGGCCGGCCCCACUGUGAUGCACCAGCAUCUGGGAAUCAGGAGACCUGGCAACGU